AUGGCUUCCCGCCGAUCUACAGACAUGUACGCCACUGGCGUGCAGAAAUUGCAACUGGGCGAUGUCUUGAAGCGCAACUUCAAGAACGCGUUGAUAGUCGAGGCCGACCUGAGGAACACCCUCGGCAAGUACAGCGGCCUAACGCCAUCCCUGCACUACGGAAGUGCCGGCGUUCUUAUUAACCUACGAGGGACUAUACCGUUCCGUUUCCAGAAUGUGGUCUACAACUGCCCUAUCCGAAUCGCUCUGAAUCCCGAGUACCCUCUGUCGCCGCCGUACAUCACAGUCCAGCCAACGGAACAGAUCAAAAUUGUACAAAAGCAUCCGUGCGUGCUCAAGAAUGGAGACGUGGUUAUAAGGUACCUGAGAGAGUGGAAUCCAAGAGCGACUCUGGUUGAGGCGCUUCGCUACGUGCAGGAUGAGUUCGACAGGGCGCCGCCCAUUUAUGCCGUAGAACUGCGGCGUAGUGCCACCUUGCCUGCUGCGGCAUCACAGGGUUCCGGUAUUGCAACGCCUCUUAGACACUCAGCGACGAGCAGUGAAGGUAGCAUGACACCUCGCGGCGCCAGUGACGAAGGGUCUCUGGAUGCGGAAUUGGAGUCCAUACGGUCAAGGAUAACAGCUAAUGUACGGGAUAUGCGUGCUCAGCUCAUCAAGGAGUACCAGUAUGACGUCGGGAAGUACGACAUCCACCGGCUCAUCAUGCUGGACUGGGUGCCAACGUGUGUCAACAUCGCCAAGUACAUUAAGGAACAAUACGCCGAACGCGAGAAGUUAAACCGGGCGCGUGCUGACUGUGACAAGCAAUUACACACCCUCGAGGACAUCGAUGACUACUUCACUCAGGUCAUAGCCGCCCUCACGAAGAUGCAGACGCCCACAGGGGAAGCGGAUAAGAGUGUGUCGUCGGAUGCGAGCGAGCCCAAUUACAACUUGGAAUUCGACAGCCAGCGAGAUGAAAGGCUGUGCCGCGCUGUUGCCUCGGAGGCGGCGGCCAACGAGAUGAUGGAGCUGUUGCAGGCAACCUAUAAGCGCAAGCAAAUUUCGACCAAGAACUACAUCUACUACGUUCGACUGAUAAGCAACGAGAAGUUCCGAGCUAUGCACGCGAGAAAGGCAGCGGCAGCGACACGAUGA